AACUUUAUAUUGAAGAUUGUUAUGGAUUACAUGAAACGGAUUGUUUAUUCUUUGCUCCAUCAUUUACUCAAUUAAGCAGUUUUCAUUUUAGACAUAAAUAUAAUGAUUAUCCUCAAGAAUUUAUUAUGAAAAUUUUCGAAUCAGCCAAUACAAAAAUAAGAAAAAUUUAUUUAAAUUCAUAUACCACGGACACAUUUUUAGCAAUUUUAAAUUAUUGCACAAAUAUUAGCAAAUUAACUUUACAUAAUUUGCGACCUGAACAUGUAAUUGCAAUAUUUAAUAAUAAUUUUAAUGAAUUAAGGAGAUUUUCGUUUCAUUGUAAGGAAGGAAUCAAUGCUGAUGAAUUAUUAUGUCAGAUGGCUGAGAAUGUACCAAAACCACUUGAAACUAUUAUAUUUAUAAUGGAUGAUGAUAAUCCAUGGAUAUUUAGUGCUAAUAGUUUAAGAAAAUUUUUUGAAGGGUGGCGUUGUAAAGGAGGAGAAGGAAAUAAAAUGCCUAGGAGAUUACGUAUUAAACGUUCAUAUACCUCGGAUGGUUUAUUAUUAUCAUCAUUAAAUUUGGUAGCAACAAGUAGCGAGCAUUUUAAAGUUAUUGAAGAAUAUGGAAUUCAAUUUGAUAUAAAAUAA